UCCAGAAGUACUGGGAGAAUCGUAACCUCGUCAAAGUAAUUCAAAACCUUGAUGAAAUUGGUACCAUGUCCGCUCUGGCGAAGAAGAGCACCAAAGAUGAGUGGAACGAACAAGGAAAAGCUUUUUUCGAAAAACAAACAUACGAUCUGGCUGUUUUCUGCUUUAGAAAGGGUAAAGAUAAUAUUAGAUAUGACUUGGCCAAUGCAUAUCGUCUUCAGCAGAUCGCCAAGUCAUCCGAAAAUAGUUCUGAUGUCGCUACUAUUAAACAAAAUUUCAUUGCUGCUGCAGCGGCGUUCAAAAAAUGUUCCCGGCCUAUUCAAGAAGCUUUAUGUUAUGAGUUUGAAGACGCUGCACGCUGCUUUUUUGACGCAAAAAUCUGGCAUACAGCGGGAGAAUAUUAUGAAAGAGCAAAGAAAUAUACUGAAGCUGCGGAGGCUUAUACAAACGGUGGUCACUGUGACAUAGUAAUCGAUUUGGUGCAAAUGCAAGAAAUCGACACGACAAGCUUCUCACGUACGAUUCGUGUUGUAUAUACUUACUAUCGUCGGAGUAAAAAUGAGACGAUGAGAGACAAGGCGCUUUCUGAUUUCCUGGAACUUUGUAAAAAGAAUGCACAAUUUCGCGUCGCAGCCGAACACUUACGCUCUCUUGGGUAA